AUGCAUGUGGUAUCUGACAAGUUUGGCGAAGAGACCGCAUGGCGUCCUACACGCGUUAUUCGCACGGCAGACGACCUGGAUUCGUCCAUCACUUUGGAUUAUGUGGUGUGCAGCUGCAAGUGCUUGCCUGAUGUCGUACCGAACAGUGAGGUGAUGCGACCGUUCUUGACGAAGAAUCUUGCACGAAAACCGACGCAUCUUCCCACCGUUCUUCUACUGCAGAAUGGUAUCGAUAUUGAGCAUGAAUCUUACGAACGGCUCGUCAAGUCUGAUCCACCGCUAGCAAGCAGCAUAGUGAGUGCAAAUACGUGGGUCCCUGCAACACUUCGUGAAGGCGGUAGUCGUAUGGAGCACGGCUUGUUAGAAGUUCUGAGUAUGGGCGUAUAUCCAGCGCCGUUGGACGCACCUGUGCCAGCUGAGACACAGGCCUCGCUCGAACUUCUUUUGCAGAUCGCGCUGCGCGGUGGGUCUUCUGCUUCGAUCACCAAUGAUAUUACGGCGGAGAGAUGGCGCAAAGUGCUGUGGAAUAUCAGUUGGGGUGGUGUCACAGUGCUUGCCCGGCGCCCGCUUCUGGAAAUGCUCCAGGUCGAGAUGCUGCCAUACACCAUAGGGUCUGUGCGUGGCAUCAUGCUUGAAAUGUUGGCUGUGGCACGUGCUUCAGGCCUUGGUCAAGACCGCUUGCCUGCGAGCAUAAUAGACCAAACCAUGCGCCAAACGAUGACCAAUUCUCCUGCACAAUUCCGCCUACCAACGUCACCUGAUAUGAAGCUACAUGUCAAGCGCUCCCACAAUUUUCCUUCCAACUUCAAGCCUAGUAUCUUAGUAGACUUAGAUCGCGAACGACCCAUGGAGCUUGAACCGAUUUUUGUCAACAUACUUCGUCGCGCACGCCGUAUGGGCGUUGACACUCCUCGAUUGGACCUUAUUGCUACGGCUCUCAAGCCAUCACAGCUCUUGUUCGUACGACGUCAGCAAAACCAGGACCCGGACGCGCUCAUGAUGCAGGAGGGCAUCUACAAUUUGUCUUCAUUUCAUAGUGUUUCGGGCAAUGCGCCUGUGAGUCUUUUCUAA